UCUGAGGCAAUAUUUGCCACUUUCCAGGAUUUUCCAAAUCUAUUACCAAAAUGUUCCAGUGUACCAUGCUGAAUCUGAAUGGAGGCAGCACAGGGCAGUUAGAAGAGUGAGUUAGUUCGUUAGUGACAAAACUGGGACCCAAACCACCGUGGUCUGUGCUUAUGGGGGCUUCUCUGGGCCUUAAAACAAAGGAUCUCAACCUGCAGAUGAUCAUGAAGUUGUAGUGCAGCUCUCCAGCAUCAUACAAAGAUUUACAAUGACUAAGGAUACUGGAAGAGUGAAGAUCCGAGAAUUUUAAGUCUGAAAUUUGCAUCACUACUUUGAACUAUAUAACCUUAAUUGGCAUACAGAAACGAAUCCUCUGAAAUGGGCAUGGUGGUACACAGCAGUAAUUCCAGCACUCUGGGAGACUGAGACAAAGGCAUUAUCUAUUGCAAUAAGCACAUUAUCUACUUUAUCACAACUGGACAUUGUGAUUAGAAAAGGUCCUGUGACAAAAUUCAAGAAGAUCUGAUAUAAAUGAGUAACAACUCAACAUGUAUUCAACCAUCCGUGAUCACUUCCAGAGCUUUACCAAUCACUUAUACCAUUCUUUGUCUUGUUGGUCUCUUUGGAAAUUCACUCUCUCAGUGGGUAUUUCUGACAAAAAUAGGUAAGAAAACAUCAACACACAUCUACCUGGCACAUCUUGUGACUGCAAACUUACUUGUGUGCAGUGCCAUGCCCUUUAUGGGUAUCUAUUUCCUGAAAGGUUUCCAAUGGGAAUAUCAAUCUGCACAAUGCAGAGUGGUCAAUUUUCUGGGAACUUUAUCCAUGCAUGUAAGUAUGUUUGUCAGCCUCUUAAUUUUAUGUUGGAUUGCCGUAAGCCGCUAUGCUACUUUAAUAAAAAAGGAUUCCACCCAAGAGACCACUUCAUGCUAUGAGAAAAUAUUUUAUGGCCGCUUACUAAAAAAAUUUCGCCAGCCCAACUUCGCUCGAAAACUGUGUAUUUACAUAUGGGGAGUUGUACUGGGCGUAAUUAUUCCCAUUAUCAUAUACUACUCAGUUGUAGAGGCUACAGAAGGAGGAGAGAGCCAGUGCUACAAUCAGAAGAUGGAACUGGGAGCCAUGAUCUCUCAGACUGCAGGUCUCAUUGGAACCACAUUCAUUGGAUUUGCAUUUUUAGUAGUACUAACCUCGUACUACUCUUUUGUCAGCCAUCUGAGAAAAGUAAGGGCCUGUACAUCCAUUAUGGAGAAAGACUUGACUUAUAAUUCUGUGCGAAGACAUCUUUUGGUCAUCCAGAUUUUACUGGUAGUUUGCUUUCUUCCAUAUAGUAUUUUUAAACCUAUUUUUUAUGUUCUGCACCAAAGUAAGGACUGUCUGCAGUUGAAUUAUUUAAUAGAAACAAAAAAUAUCCUCACCUGUCUUGCUUCAGCCAGAAGUAGCACGGACCCCAUCAUAUUUCUUUUCUUAGACAAAACAUUCAAGAAGACACUAUAUAAUCUUUUUACAAAACCUAAUUCACCACAUAUACAACCAUAUGGUUGACUUCUGGAUGGAAAAACACCACAGAAUAGAAAAAUGUUCGUGUGACUAUUAGGGACAUUAAAGUAAAUAAUUUACAUGCCAUAUCUUGGUUGACAACAGGCACCAAGAAAACCACUUUGGCUUUAUAAUAUAUAUAUAUAUGUAUAUGUAUAUAUUCACAGAACUCAAUUAAUAUUUCUUUGUACUGAAAGUGGAGAUGGCAACAAUUUUCAGAGGCAGAAGUCAAGCGUACUGGAAGGAUCUCACGCACAUGAAAUAAACCAACCAUUUCCUUUUUAAAUUCUUCUGUGGAUCUUCUGUUCAGAACAUAGUAUUUUCCAACUGUAGGAUGAAGAGGCAAAUGGCUUAUGGUUUGUCUGCUUUCUAGUAGAAUACAAAGGUCCAUCUGUAGUUAGUAUGUUCUGUUGGUAACUUUGAUAAACUUUAAAAAUGAGCACAAGAAAAAAUGAAUAAGAAAUAUUCUCAUUUAAGUCUUAUCUAAAUGUAUCUAAAUGUAUGAAUAAUACAGUAUAAAAAUACAAGAUUUAAUAACAUAUUAUUUAUUUAUUAUUAUCUGGUUCAUGUUACUGGGACAGGCAAUAUUCAUUGAUUCUGAUAAUUAUUAAGUAAAUGUUAUUAUAGGUAUGCUUAGAAUUUUAAUUAGGCUUUGACAAAAAGGUGAUAUAAUAUCAUUAUAUGUCCAUCUUUAUCACAUUUUAUUUGCUUUUGUAUCCAAUAUAAAUAAUGUUAUUAAUGAUAAUACCUGGCAAGUAGAAAUGUUCUAUUAAUUUUUGUGAAAUAAAUGAAUGAUAAAGCAUUGUAACAGUAUCAUAGUGUCACUUAGUAAGCACUUAUGUGCCAGGCAC